AUGCUCAUAGGCCGCCAGGACGAGCUUGGCGCUUAUACCGUGGCGGAUCCAACGCCAGCACAGGCGGGUGAACAUGAAGAUAGCACUAGCUCUAACGGAACCCCGUAUGUCAUUGAAGAAAAUCCAACCGGCGGCAUGAGGAUGAUUGCCAACAAGGACUUCGAGUGCGGCGAUCUCAUCCUACAAGAGCGGCCACUUGUUCUUUUCCCUUUGGAAGUUGCCUUACCGGCAAAGUCGGAUCUUCGGCUUUCACUUCAGCGCGCCUUGAACGCCCUUAACGAUGCUAAGAGGGCUGACUAUAUGGGAUUGGCUAAUAUUUACGCUACCGAUGCAUUUGAGCCGGUUCUUGGGAUUUUCAUGUCCAACAAGUUCGAAUUUUUCAGUACCGAUGACGCCGAAGCUGCCUCUGCCGACCGUACUAAGCCCUUUGCCGCAGUUUUCAAGGAUAUCUCGCACAUGAACCACAGUUGUUGCCCAAACGUGGUACGCUACUGGUGCAUGGCUUCGCGUUCGAUGUACGUACACGCGGCGCGCUCCAUCCAGAAGGGGUCCCAAAUCGUCACAACAUACUGCGACCCCUUCUUACCCUUGCGCGAACGCCGAGCCCUCCUUCUUAACACAUACAAGAUCGCCUGCACUUGCCCUGCCUGCACCAACAGCGAGUCGGAUGCAAACCGGGUCCGUAUUCAAAAUAUUCAGGACAACUUGGCUCCAGUCAUCCAAUGGGCCCUCACGCCCGCCCUCCCCGACGAUCUCCUCCUCGUCCCCUCCUUGGAGCAGCUGAAAUUGAUUGAGGACGAAGGGCUGGAGGGGACCGAGUAUUACGCCCGAGUGUUGAGGCGUCUGUGGUACAUAUACUUCGUGUUGGACGACUUCGGAGCAUCCGGAUUUUACGGGCGGAUGUUGAGGGCGUGGAAGAUCACGAAUGGGACGAAGAGGUCGGACGUGAUAAAGGAAAUGCAGUCGGAGCUGGAACUGAUCCAAUACGCUGUAAAUCGUCGCAGGUUGUUUAUGCCGCGUAAAGCCAAGUUAGUACGGCCAGUCAGCUAA